ACGGCGGGCUGCGCUGCGCUUGCACCGGCCCAGCUGCUCAGGAGGGCGACGAUGAGGCGGACCGCAUGGGCUCGUCGGCGUCGCGCUGCUGCGGCGGCUCCGGGGACGCCGCCACCAACGACGGCUCCGUGCUGGACCGCGUCAUCUCGCAGGCGUCCGGCUGCGACGGCUGCCUCCUCUACCGGCUCGCCGACUACAAGAAGGGCGGGGAGCUCGUCGACGCCUACAACGUGGGCGGCCAGGCCGAGGUGGAGAAGCUGAUCCGAGAGCAGUUCGGCGUGCUGAUGUACGGCGAGGGCCGCGGCCAGGUCAUCAACAGGGCCGAGUACCUGCGCUGGAAGUUCCGCGACCAGAAGGAGGUGGUGCUGCCGAUCGAGGCGUCGCUGUCGGCGCACGACCCGCUGGCGCGCUGGGAGGACCACGAGGCGUGCUGGCAGAUGCAGUACCGCGGCAGCCUGGGCGAGACGCUGCUGCACGUCCUCAUCAUCUGCGACACGCGGCUGCACACGCGCCUCGCGCGCACCCUCAUCAAGUGCUUCCCCAAGCUGGCGCUCGACGUCGUCGAGGGCGAGGACUACCUGGGUGCCAGCGGCCUGCACCUGGCCAUCGCGUACAACAACAACGAGCUGGUGCAGGACCUGGUGGAGGCGGGCGCCAGUGUGUCCCAGCGCGCCAUUGGCAGCUUCUUCCUGCCGCGCGACCAGCAGCGGCCGCGGCCGGCGCGCCACACGGACUACGAGGGCCUUGCCUACCUGGGCGAGUUCCCGCUCGCCUGGGCCGCCUGCUGCGCCAACGAGAGCGUCUACAACCUGCUGCUCGACCACGGAGCCGACCCCGACGCCCAGGACUCCUUCGGCAACAUGAUCCUCCACAUGGUCGUCGUCUGCGACAAGCUGGACAUGUUCGGGUACGCGCUGCGCCACCCCAAGCUGCCGGCGUGCAACGGCAUCGCCAACCGCGCCGGCCUCACGCCGCUGACGCUCGCCUGCAAGCUGGGCCGCGCCGAGGUCUUCCGCGAGAUGCUCGAGCUGAGCGCCAGGGAGUUCUGGCGCUACUCCAACAUCACCUGCUCCGCCUACCCGCUCAACGCGCUCGACACGCUGCUGCCCGACGGCCGCACCAAUUGGAAUUCUGCGCUUUUCAUCAUUCUAAAUGGAACAAAAGAAGCGCAUCUGGACAUGCUGGACGGAGGCAUCAUUCAGAGGCUGCUGGAGGAGAAGUGGAAGACAUUUGCUAGGAUGCAGUUCCUGAAGCGGCUGGCGAUCCUGGCGCUGCACCUGCUGUUCCUGAGCACGGCCAUCUACCUGCGCCCCAAGGACCACGACGAGCCGCUGCUCGGGCCCACCGACUGGGGCAGCGUGGCGCGCUACUGUGCAGAGCUGGCCACCGUGGGCGGCGUGCUCUCCUACGUCAUCCUGCAGCAGGGCGAGGAGAUCAAGAACCAGGGCCUGCUCAGCUUCCUCAAGCAGCUGUCGCACGCCCCCGACAAGGCCAUCUUCCUGGCGUCUAACCUGAUGAUCCUGGCGUGUAUACCUCUGCGCGUCAUGGGCGACAAGCGAACGGAGGAGGCCAUCCUGCAGUUCGCAGUGCCCGGCUCCUGGUUUCUGCUCAUGUUCUUCGCGGGGGCCAUCCGGCUGACUGGUCCGUUCGUGACGAUGGUGUACUCCAUGAUCACCGGUGACAUGUUGACGUUCGGCAUCAUCUACACGGUGGUGCUGUUCGGCUUCUCCCAGUCCUUCUACUUUCUGUACAAGGGCUUCCCCGGCGUGAAGACGUCGCUCUACCACUCCUACCCCACCACCUGGAUGGCGCUCUUCCAGAUCACCCUGGGAGACUACAACUACCCAGAACUGAGCCACACGACAUAUCCAACGCUGGCCAAGACAGUGUUCGCCAUUUUCAUGGUGCUGGUGCCCAUCCUGCUGCUCAACAUGCUGAUCGCCAUGAUGGGAAACACGUACGCGCACGUCAUCGAGCAGAGCGAGAAGGAGUGGAUGAAGCAGUGGGCGAAGAUCGUGGUGUCGCUGGAGCGUGCGGUGAACCAGGCGGCGGCGCACCAGUACCUGCAGGAGUACAGCAUCUCUCUGGGGCCCAGCGACGACCCCAGCCAGGAGCAGCGCGGAGUCAUGGUCAUCAAGACCAAGAGUAAGACGCGCGCGCGACAGCGCAAGGGCGCCGUCAUGAACUGGAAGCGCGUGGGCAAGGUGACGAUCCGCGAGCUGAAGAAGCGCAACAUGACGGGCGACCAGCUGAGGAGGCUCAUGUGGGAGCGCGCCUCCAUCUCGACGCCCAUUCGCGUGCCCGACACGCCGGAUCCGGCAGAGGUGGAGGCCGCGAUGGACAGCCAGGGCAACGCACUGAAGGAGGCGCUGGAGGUAAUAGCGUUCCAGCACGACCUGGACCUGGACCUGAGCGGCGGGCCGCCCUCCACCCCCGGCUCCGCCCCCAGCCUCGCGCCGGCCCCCGCGGCACAGGCGCCGCCUGUCGCGCCUACGGCCCCCGCCGUGCCGCCCGCCUUCGGCAGAGCUCUGGGCGUGGUCGCGCCGCUGUCCUCACCCGCACCCGGUGCAGCAGCUGCCGGUGCAACAGCUCCGCCUCCGGCCACGGCGCUGCCAGCUGCAGCCAGCAUCGUCUCCAGUGCAGCUGCUGCCGCCGCCGCCUUCGCACCUGCCGCGAACGCCGUGCAGACGCCUCCCAUCGGAUGGGUCAUUCCUCCACCACACCGUAGCAGCAGCGUCGACGCGCCGCCUCCGUGGGAAGGCGACGCGAUGCAGCAGCUGGUGGCGCUGUCUGAGGUGCUGCCCAGCGAGGACCCGCAGCUGGCGGUGAUCGCGCAGCUGGCCUACCAGCAGCAGCUGGACGCCCAGAUGGUGCCGCCCGCCGAGCAGCACCGCUACUGCUGCGCCAGGCGCCUGCACGCCCUGGAGGCCGCCAACGCCUCCGCCCCCAGCCUCGAGCCCAGUGACAGCGACGAAUUUGGAGACGGCGGCGCGAUGCUGGGCCGCGGGUCGCGGGCGCGGAGGGCGCGCUCCGCCAGGUGGCGGCCGCCCACCAGCGCCUCCAACGGCGGCGCGCGGCGGACGCUCUUCCAGCACCACGGCCGCUCCUCCACCUCCAGCUCCAGCGGCUCCGGCACGGGGCUCGGCAUCAUCAACCCUGCCUUCAUCGCCGAUAACCUCCAAAUGAGUCCUCCUGAGAGGGCCGCGGAAACUCCCCCGCCCCCGGCAGCCGCGCAGCCGCCGCUGCCAAACGCCCACGGAGCCGUUGGCCGCUUCAGCAUCGACAGGGACAAGACUGCCGCCAGGCCUCGGCCGAAAACCGCCAGAGUGAACAGGGUGGCGCCGGCGGCGGCGACUCCGUCGAGGCGCGGGACGUCCGCGCAGGCGGCGCCGGUGUCGCAGUCGGUGGCGGCGGAGCAGCGCCGCCUGGAGGAGGCGCCGGACCCGCUGGACGCCUGGAGCACGCGCUCCAUCGCCAACAUGAACACCCUGCUGGCCUGGGACCGCCAGGAGGACGAGAGCCUCUGAGGCCGGCGCAGCCAGCGGCCGCCUGCCACAGCCUGAAACAGUGGCAGCCCUCUCAUCCGCGGUGCAAAACCUCCGAAUAAGUGUGUCAUCUUUGCUCACUGCUGAUGCCUGUUAAUGACGAUCAUCCGUCACGAUCCUGCAUGUUCUGUGAACUGCGAGGAGUCAAAUUCCCUAGUGAUGAGCAAUAACAGAUAAGAUUCUGUGGAAGUACUUAUUUAUUCUAUUUAAUUUAUUUUUGUUUACCUACUAUAUUGCAUUUCAUCGGGACGUCGCGUAAAGUAGCAUUCCAUUCCUAGCCAAUGUCUGUUGUAAUGUAAAGACUAAGAUCUAUGGAAAAUAAACUACAAUAGUUAUUGAUAAUACCAACACCAAUAGGCAAGGACGGAGGCACCAUUGAAUAUGAAAGUAGAGCGAUACCACAGAUAGUUAAGGAAAGACCUAUUGUAAAAUACCCUCUGUUUUCACGUGACUAAACGAGAUGGCGGCGUGUUAAGAUACUGCACUCCGACUGGGGAGGUCAACAGUUCAAAUCCCCGUCCGGGUAUUCAGAUUUAAAUGAUUUCCCUAAAUUGCGUAAGGCUAGAGGGUUCCUUUGAAAGGACGUGGCACAUUUCAUUUCCCAUCCUUUCCCAAUACGUGCUGCGUCUCUGAUGACCUCGUCGUCGAUACUGAUCUUUCUUCCUUCAUAUUACUUGUUGAAUAAAUCACGAAUCUUAAAUCUAUCCUUUCUCAUCUAGAAUUCAUAAUUAAGGAAUUCGUAGUGAUUUUCGUAGAUCAUUAGAAGGUGGAUCGAUGUAACUGUCAAACCACAUAUUUUACCGCAGACAAGCGCGCACACAACGUGAGACAACAGUCUAAAGUGUUAGGUCCCUCGUGUGCUACUAACAGUGAGCGAGCGCCCUCUGACGAGUUCAUGGGUCUGUCAGUCCUUAAAUGAUCACUGCCUAUUGAGGGCGAAGACAUGGAGUCUGCUGUCAAAACACACAAAAGUCCAAAUCGAAAUCCUAUUCAUAUAACACACCCCUUCUUGCAAGCUGAUAAGCGAGCGACUUGGGGCGGGGGGAGUGAAUUUGCAUCAGUUUCGUAACAUCACCAAACGGUAACGCAGAUUCUCUUGCGUUGUUUGGUCCCGACAUACGCGACUGAUCGAGAUACCGUGGCUCAAAUUCUGAAAUAAUUGUGUUUGAACUAUAAAACAACAACAGUUAUUUAACACAACCCCAAAGUAAACUUAAGUCAUUCUAUACAGCUUUGAAAUUAGAAGAGCGGGUAAGACUAGAACAUCGACUCUCAUCUCUCUUCUUCAACUGCGCUCUAGGUAAUGUUUUUCGAGAGUGGUGAAAAGAACUGUGUAGAGAAUAAUGGAGUUAAUUUACUGAGUUGACACCCAGCUUUUUGCGUGAGUUGACACUCAGCUUUCACUGUAAUUGACGCUGAAUUCUGUGUUACCACUUACAAAUUUCGAUCUGCUGGUGACAGUAGCCGAGACGUUUUAAAUAUGAAAAUAUUUUAAGCGAUCUAGAAUGCUUUAUUCGCAAAAAUCCGUUUUGGGUAUUUGCUUUAUUAAUAUAGAGUCAGAUUAGAUUGUAAGACCAAGUUACUGUUUAUCUUUCACCAAUUAUCUUGUAACUUUUGUUCAAAGUCUCUUCACACAGCUGAUAAAAACAUUGCCCUAAUUCAGAUGGAAGCAACAAAAGAUGCAACGGGCCAACGGAAAAAAAUGGCUGAUAAAUAACAUAAUGAAACGGCAGGAAGAACAGAUGGGCAUAUAAUACGACGUGAGCCUUUAGUGAAAACAGAAGCUCAAAAGAUGAUGUAUUCAUACUUUACAUUUCAACAUUCUGAGGCAGUACUUAUUUAUUCUUUUUAAUUUUUUUUUUGUUCACCUAGUAUAUUGCACUUCAUCAGGACGUCAUGUAAACUAGUAUUCUAUUCCUGUACUGUCUGAUUCCGAAAUACACUACCAGCAAAAAAAAUUAGUACACGCUUAUAGAGGUUUCCAAUUGUUGCAACAGUGCAUAUGGAAUACAUGAAAUGAUUACAUUUACGGAUCAAUAACACAAGCGGGUCUGAGAGUUACCAGGUAUCGACUCAUGCUGAAAUACCUAAAUUAGUACUAUAUGUAGCCUCCACAGGUGGCAAUACAGGCGCUGAUCAGGUAUCCAGGGGACUGUGCAGAUGCUGAAUACUGUCCUGGGGUACGUUAUUCGACGGCUCUCAGCCUGUACGCGUUGUUAUGUAACAGUUGUUGGUUGGCGAGUUGCACGAGUCACUUCUCGACCCAUCAUGUCCCACAAGUCCGGAGAUAGUGCUGGCCAGGGAAGUUUCUGCACGUCUUACAGAGCACGUUGAGCUUCACGGGCAGUGUGUGGGCGAGAAUUGUCCUGUUGGAACUUUACAUAAGGUGAUUGCAAGAACGGCAACAGAACGGUUCUAACAACGUUCUGUACGUUUAGGGUUCUGGUUAGCGUCCUCUCCAAAAACACCAAAGGUGAAGAAGGUUUGCAGCCUAUCGCAACCUAGACAGAAAGGCCUUGGAUGCGCCCAGCGUAUCUUGGACGAAGGCACGCACUCUAGGUGACAGCGCUCAGCAGGUCUACACAAUACGCGCGACAAAAAUCACUUCGUUUAGGAAGAAUUUGCUUUGAUCGCUGAAGAUCAUGGUGAGCCAUUCUAUCUUCCAAGUGAUGAUGCUCUGGCAGCUAUGCCGCUACGUUAUAUCGACCCUGAAACAUUAUCAGUACAUCCCCAGGUGGCACAUGCUGUCGUCGGAUCAAACUCGACGUCGUCUUUCCAGGUGUACUAAUUUUUUUCCCUGGCAGUGAAAAUUCUUUAUAUACCGGAUGCCUUUUUGAGCUAUAUCCCUUCUUUUGAGAUUUUCCAUAAGUUUUGAUGUUGUAUUCUACCAAAGGCUUUUUCAUAAUCAAUAAAACGAAGGACUACAUUUUUGACCUGAUCAUAGAAGUUUUACACUAGAACUUGUGAUGCAGUUAUUGCUUCUCUUGUACCUAAGCCUUUUAUUAAGUAAUUGUGUUUUACCCGUGAGUUUCUCACAUUUUUCAUGUGACCUUAGAUGGAUGGCUUUCAGAAAUGUUUUUAAGGAACGGAUCACAAGACCAGUGAGUCUGUGAUCUUCACAUUUUCGCACAUACUCACUUUUCGGUAAGUGGGUGAAAGAUGAUAACAGUCAUUGGAGUAGGUAAUGACCUGUGUCAUAAAUUUUGUUAAAAACUUUGUGUAAGGCUCUGAUACCUUCUUCAUCAAGAAAUACUAGUAAAUGUCUUUGUGAAACCGUAUUUAUUUGUUCUCUGAAUCAUUAGACUAUUCAUUCAUAAUUCCAGUUCAAAAUAAAUAAACCGUUAAGGAAUAUUUUCAACAAUAAAUUUAGCAUUCACUUUAUUCAAGAAAACAUGUUUUUAUUUUGAAUUCACGAAAAUUCCUGAUCUGCCUUCGGAAAUCAUUUUUUAUCACGUAAUAAAUGUGUAUAGUACUGCGCAAUUAAA